GGCGUGCGCGGGGCUCGGGCUGCUCCGGCACCGCGGCGCGCUCAGCCCUGCGCAGCUCCGCCCGCGGCUGGCUCGGCUCGGCGCGGCUUGGCCAGCCCAGCCCAGCCCAGCCUCGCCUCCCCGGGACCCCCAGAAGUCUCCGCGGCCGGGGCAACCCUGGAGCCCCCUGCCCCGCAGCGGAGGCUUGCCGCGAGUUGGCGCGACGGCCGGUGGCCGCCCGGCUGCGGAGGUGGUGCAGGCUCUGUGAGUGUCAAGCACUGAAUUAUGGGCUGGGUAGCCACCAGCGCACCAUGAAGAUUGACUUUAUUUUUGUCCUCUCAAGGAUCACGUGCUUUAUGAAUUCAGUCUCUCCUCCAUUUCACUGCCACCUCCAUCAAUAUUGUUGGCACUUCUAGGAAACCUGAAUUUGAGGCUUGGGCUUUAGCUCUGCCUUUCUCUCCUCCUUGGAACAACCGGUGUCACCUUUGUGUUCUACCAAAACAAAUCACUGUGGGUUAUUUUGCCCUUCAUAAAAGUACUGGCUGAAGAAGUCACUUUAUAUACGCUGUACUUCUGAGAUAACAAGCCUCGGGAUUCUAAAGGAGAACUGAGAUUUUGCUUAAGGAGGAGAUAUUUUCCUCUUGGUCACGUGCACUGGCUAUCUCAUUUCCUCUUACUCUUCCUCUCUCUCUGUCACUCUCUGUGCUCUCCUCCUCUUCCCAUUGGAUUUAACAUUUGGUGUUGACUACUGAGGCUCUCUUCCCAGUAGUGUGGGUUUUGUUUUUCUCCUAGAGAAGACCAGAUUCUUGAAAAAAUGGGCUUCACUAUGCACUCUGUUUACUUCACCUUGAAGGUGAGUUUGCUUCUGGGCUCCUUGCUGGGUCUCUGUUUGGGUCUGGAGUUCAUGGGCAUCCCCAACCAGUGGGCCCGCUACCUCCGCUGGGAUGCGAGCACUAGAAGUGAACUCAGCUUCCAGUUCAAGACCAAUGUCUCUGCUGGGUUGCUCCUCUACUUUGAUGAUGGUGGUGUCUGUGACUUCCUCUGUCUGUCCCUGGUUGAUGGGCGCAUCCAGCUCCAGUUCAGUGUGGACUGUGCAGAGACUACAGUUAUCACAGACAAGCAAGUGAAUGACAGCAAUUGGCACUUCCUGAUGAUCAGCCGCAAUCACCUUCGGACAGUGCUGGUACUGGAUGGGGAAGCGAAGCCAGGGGAGGUGCGUCCACAGCGCCAGUAUAUGAAUAUCGUCAGUGACCUUUUUGUUGGUGGAGUCCCACUGGACAUCCGUCCUGCUGCAUUGACCCUGGAUGGUGUUCUGGGUGAGCCUCCAUUUCAAGGAUUUAUCCUGGAUCUGAAGUAUGGCAACUCCGAGCCACAGCUCCUGGGCAGUCAAGGGGUCCGACUGGAAAUGGAAGGGCUUUGUGCAGAAAACCCCUGUGAAAAUGGUGGCACUUGCUUCCUUCUGGAUGGUGAGCCACACUGUGACUGCUCAGCCACUGGAUUUGCUGGCAGGCUGUGUUCUGAAGAUGUCAAUCAUAUUCCAGGCCUCUCACACCUGAUGAUGAGUGAACAAGCGCGAGAUGAGAACAUGGCCACCUUCCGUGGUUCUGAAUACCUUUGCUAUGACCUGUCGCAAAACCCCAUCCAGAGCAGCAGCGACGAGAUCACUCUCUCCUUCAAGACUUGGCAACGCAACGGCCUCAUUCUGCACACCGGCAAGUCAGCUGAUUAUGUCAACCUGGCCCUGAAAGAUGGCGCCGUCUCGCUGGUCAUCAACCUGGGGUCUGGGGCCUUCGAGGCCAUCGUGGAGCCAGUCAAUGGCAAGUUUAAUGACAACGCAUGGCAUGACGUUAAGGUGACACGCAACCUGCGGCAGCACUCAGGCAUUGGACACGCUAUGGUGACAAUCUCUGUGGAUGGCAUCCUGACCACCACGGGCUACACACAGGAGGACUACACCAUGCUGGGCUCAGAUGACUUCUUUUAUGUGGGAGGGAGCCCCAGUACUGCUGAUUUACCUGGCUCUCCAGUAAGCAACAACUUCAUGGGCUGCCUCAAAGAGGUUGUUUAUAAGAAUAACGACAUUCGUCUGGAGCUGUCUCGCUUGGCACGGAUUGGUGACACUAAGAUGAAGAUCUAUGGGGAAGUGAAAUUUGUGUGUGAGAAUGUGGCUACACUGGAUCCCAUCAGCUUUGAGACACCUGAGGCCUAUAUUAGUCUGCCUAAAUGGAAUACCAAGAGGAUGGGUUCCAUCUCAUUCGAUUUCCGAACCACUGAACCCAAUGGACUUAUCCUUUUCACCCAUGGCAAGCCUCAGGAGAGGAAAGAUGCUAGGAGCCAGAAAAAUACAAAGGUAGAUUUCUUUGCAGUUGAGCUUCUGGAUGGGAACCUCUACUUACUGCUGGACAUGGGCUCUGGGACCAUUAAAGUGAAGGCCACACAGAAAAAAGCCAAUGAUGGAGAGUGGUAUCAUGUGGAUAUCCAACGAGAUGGAAGAUCAGGUACUAUAUCAGUGAACAGCAGACGCACUCCAUUCACUGCUAGUGGGGAGAGUGAGAUCCUAGAUCUGGAAGGCGACAUGUACCUCGGUGGGCUGCCCGAGAACCGGGCAGGUCUCAUCCUUCCCACGGAGCUCUGGACAGCAAUGCUGAACUAUGGCUAUGUGGGCUGUAUCCGAGACUUGUUCAUUGAUGGGAGAAGCAAGAACAUCCGACAGCUGGCAGAGGCACAGAAUGCUGCAGGAGUCAAGUCCUCCUGCUCCCGCCUCAGCACCAAGCAGUGCGACAGCUACCCCUGCAAGAAUAAUGCAGUCUGCAAGGACGGCUGGAACCGCUUCAUCUGUGACUGCACUGGCACUGGCUACUGGGGUAGAACGUGUGAGCGAGAGGCCUCUAUCUUGAGCUAUGAUGGCAGCAUGUACAUGAAGAUCAUCAUGCCUAUGGUCAUGCAUACAGAAGCAGAAGAUGUGUCCUUCCGUUUCAUGUCCCAGCGUGCUUAUGGGCUGUUGAUGGCAACCACUUCACGAGAUUCUGCUGACACUCUGCGCCUGGAGCUGGAUGGAGGCCGUGUCAAACUUAUGGUCAAUUUAGACUGUAUCAGGAUAAACUGUAACGCCAGCAAGGGACCUGAAACUCUUUACGCUGGGCAGAAACUCAAUGACAAUGAGUGGCACACUGUCCGGGUAGUUCGACGAGGAAAGAGCCUCAAGCUGAUGGUAGAUGAUGAUGUUGCUGAGGGCACGAUGGUUGGUGAUCACACCCGCUUGGAGUUCCACAACAUUGAGACAGGGAUCAUGACAGAGAAACGAUACAUCUCUGUCAUCCCCUCCAGCUUUAUUGGCCACCUCCAGAGCCUCAUGUUCAAUGGGAUGCUCUACAUUGAUCUGUGCAAGAAUGGUGACAUUGACUAUUGUGAGUUGAAGGCACGCUUUGGUCUCCGCAACAUUAUAGCUGACCCUGUAACAUUCAAGACCAAGAGCAGCUACCUGACCUUGGCCACUCUGCAGGCUUAUACAUCCAUGCACCUGUUCUUCCAGUUCAAGACCACCUCAGCUGAUGGUUUCAUUCUCUUUAACACUGGUGAUGGCAAUGACUUUAUUGCAGUUGAACUAGUCAAGGGGUAUAUACACUAUGUUUUUGACCUUGGAAACGGACCUAAUGUUAUCAAAGGCAACAGUGAUCGUCCUCUGAAUGACAAUCAAUGGCACAACGUCGUCAUUACCAGAGAUAACAGUAACACACACAGCCUAAAGGUGGACACUAAGGUGGUAACUCAGGUUAUAAAUGGUGCCAAAAAUCUGGAUCUUAAAGGUGAUCUCUACAUUGCUGGCCUUGCUCAAGGCAUGUAUAGCAGUCUCCCAAAGCUAGUGGCCUCACGAGAUGGAUUUCAAGGCUGUCUAGCAUCUGUGGACUUGAAUGGCCGUCUGCCUGAUCUAAUCAAUGAUGCUCUGCACCGCAGUGGGCAGAUUGAGCGUGGAUGUGAAGGACCAAGUACUACUUGUCAGGAAGAUUCCUGUGCAAAUCAAGGCAUCUGUAACCAGCAAUGGGAAGGCUUCACCUGCGAUUGCUCCAUGACUUCGUAUUCUGGGAGCCAGUGCAAUGACCCUGGUGCCACAUAUAUAUUUGGGAAGAGUGGAGGUCUCAUCCUGUACACAUGGCCAGCUAAUGACAGACCGAGCACAAGGACAGACCGUCUUGCUGUGGGAUUCAGCACAACAGUGAAGGAUGGCAUUCUUGUUCGGAUUGACAGUGCUCCUGGGCUUGGUGAUUUUCUGCAGCUGCACAUAGAGCAAGGCAAGAUUGGUGUGGUCUUCAAUAUUGGCACAGUGGACAUCUCUAUCAAAGAGGAAAGCACACCUGUAAAUGAUGGCAAAUACCAUGUGGUACGCUUUACCAGGAAUGGUGGCAAUGCCACACUUCAGGUUGACAGCUGGCCAGUCAAUGAACAUUACCCAACAGGCAACACUGAUAGUGAACGGUUCCAAAUGGUAAAACAGAAAAUCCCCUUCAAAUAUAACCGGCCUGUAGAGGAGUGGCUGCAGGAAAAAGAUGAUGCAACACCGCAUCACCACUUGACUUCGAGACCCGCCACGACGACCACCAAAAUUGGACGGCAGUUAACGAUCUUCAACACCCAGGCGCAAAUAGCCAUAGGAGGGAAGGACAGAGGGCGUCUCUUCCAAGGCCAGCUCUCCGGUCUCUACUACAAUGGCUUGAAAGUGCUGAACAUGGCAGCAGAGAACAACCCCAACAUUAAAAUCAAUGGAAGUGUUCGACUGGUUGGGGAAGUCCCUUCCAUCUUGGGAACAACACCCACAACCUCUGUGCCACCAGAAAUGUCUACUACAGUCAUGGAAACCACAACUACGAUGGCCACCACUACAACCCGAAAAAAUCGUUCACCGCCCAGCAUCCAGACAACAGAUGACAUCGUUUCAUCAGCUGAAUGCUCCAGUGACGAUGAAGAUUUCAUUGACUGUGAGCCCAGUACAGGUAAGUCAGGAGGUGAAUUAGUUAUCCCUCUACUUGUAGAAGACCCUUUAGAUAUCCCUCCUAUUGCUACUCGUGCACCUUUCAUUACACUUCCCCCUACCUUUCGCCCCCUCCUCACCAUUAUUGAGACCACCAAAGAUUCCCUGUCCAUGACCUCUGAGGCGGGGUUACCUUGCUUGUCGGACCAAGGCAGCGAUGGUUGUGAUGAUGAUGGCUUGGUGAUAUCUGGGUAUGGCUCAGGGGAAACAUUUGACUCUAACCUGCCCCCUACUGAUGAUGAAGAUUUUUACACCACCUUCUCCUUGGUAACAGAUAAGAGUCUUUCCACUUCAAUCUUCGAAGGUGGCUACAAAGCACACGCACCCAAGUGGGAAUCCAAGGACUUUAGACCUAACAAAGUCUCCGAAACUGGUAGGACUACUACCACGUCUUUGUCCCCUGAGCUGAUCCGCUCCACAGCUUCGUCCUCGACUGGGAUGGUGCCCAAAUUGCCAGCCGGCAAAAUGAAUAACCGUGAGCUCAAACCCCAGCCUGACAUAGUCUUGCUUCCGUUGCCCACUGCCUAUGAGCUAGACAGCACAAAGCUGAAGAGCCCGCUAAUCACUUCCCCCAUGUUCCGUAAUGUGCCCACAGCAAACCCCACGGAGCCGGGAAUCAGACGGGUUCCGGGGGCCUCAGAGGUGGUCCGUGAGUCGAGCAGCACAACGGGGAUGGUCGUCGGCAUUGUGGCUGCUGCUGCCCUCUGCAUCCUCAUCCUCCUGUAUGCCAUGUACAAGUACAGGAACAGGGACGAGGGGUCCUAUCAGGUGGACGAGACGCGGAACUACAUCAGCAACUCAGCCCAGAGCAACGGCACGCUCGUGAAGGAGAAACAGCAGAGCUCAAAGAGCGGCCAUAAGAAACAGAAAAACAAGGACAAAGAGUAUUAUGUGUAAAAAAAAAAAA